AUAUAUAUUCCUUUAACAUGAUAAUUCUUGAAAAGCAUUCGAAAAUAGAAAAGAAAACGAGAAGAGCAAGGAUGAAAGCAGAAUGGAGGAAGAAUGUUUCCACUGUUUAUCUUAAAAGAUAGAGGCUGAGCUGCUGAAGACAUUCGCGGAGGAGGCGGAGGAAGAACGUCGACAUAAAGACGCCGGGGACGUUCUGCCGGUUAGUCGCAGCUUGAAAAUCGCGGGUGACUUGCGCCCCACUAAAAUCAAUGAGCACGUUCAGCGACGAGGCCGUCGACGACAGCAGCGCGACUCGUCAGCCGUGCGACACCAGCAUCCGCGUCGUGGGUGCCGCCGCUUGGCCCGGCUUGCUCCGUCGUACUCUCGACACCGUUCUCCGCGGCACGUAUGAGCCGUUUUUACGUUGGUGCGACGUGGAUCAUGUAAGAGCGCGUGACGACGAGAUGCCGUCGUCAGGCCGCGAGGACAUGGAUCUCUGCACCGACAAGGUCCUCUCCAAGGGCCGGAUCCUGCAGGAACUCACAAAGGCUGUCAAACUGGUCUAUGCCCAAAGUCUCUACGGUACCGUGGUCUUGGACGGCGAUUCCUGGUUGGUCUAUUGGCUGGAUCGUGCAUUGCGCCAUGGAUUACGUGUAGAGAGACAUGGAUAUUGGGGUACUGCUAGAGAGCUUAGUCACCAGGACACAGUCGUGGUCAUACAUGCACUGCAGAGUGUACUAACUUCUAUAGGAAAAGGUCGAGCAUGGCUUUAUCAUACUCUAAGCGAAGGCAGUUUUGAGAGCUAUCUGGCUUGUUUAUUGCGAGACACGAAGACGUUGAAAAAACAGUACUUUCCACAUGCACUCGUGAGAGAUGCUGAUAAGACCAAUCAAUUGAUUAAUCUUCUCGCCGGUCUGGAAAACGUGUCCUUCACAUUGCAAUUGGAUGUGACAUAUUUGGAUAUCUGCAACUACAUGCCACAGAGGCCUAUGAGCGUAAAUCCAUCGGGAACAGUCUUAUCGUUGCAUCUAAGGUCUUCUAGCGUUUCAUCGAGCCUAGCUUCUCCGGGAGACAGUGGCGUCGCAUUCGAUAGUGACAUGGACAUUGCAAAUGAAACUGAUGGAAGCAGUUACAAAGAGGAGGAUUAUUCAAUGGAUGAUAUUCCUAAAUACCGGAAUAGUAGGUACAAGACGAUUAUCAACAAUCGUAUGGAAGACAAUAAGAAUUUUGGAUCUAGUGACUCGAGUGAGGAUGGCAAAACGCCAACGCAAUCACCAGCGAUUACUAAAUUUCAGACUGUUAUGAUGACAAAAAAUGAUAUAGUUAACCAGAACGUAACGCGAAAAAUGGAUGACAAUGAAAUGAAUUGCUCCAGUUUAGAGACUCUUAAAGACUACGAUUUCUACAGUAAGAGUCUGGAUGAAACCAAACUGGAUAAAACAAACAAAAUUGAUAACGGCGUAAAGGACUUUGGUAAGAGAAGCACUUAUUACAGUGAAAGUCCUGCCUAUAGCUUUAAAAAGAACAUAGAUCCUCGUAAUUCUUAUUUAAUCAAUAAUGAUACGAAUCUAUUAGAGCUGAGUAUGACAAUCUCUGACUGUGACAACAUGGAUGCACCUUACGGGAUCCUGAACACGAUCAAUAUGACCGACGCCAGCAUUCUAUCUUCCUCCAGUUCAGAGGGCAUAGUACAACGUAGGCAGCGUAAAAAAAAGCGAGGCGAAAGCAAGAAACGAGUCAGCUUUCACGAAGACAUACUGAAAACGAUGAAACUAGAAGAUGACGAGAAUUUUGCCGAUUUCUCCAUGAGUUUCUUGCUACCUAGUUCCGUUUUAAAGAGGGACGCUCAGAAAGGCAGGUACAGUUGGUGUGCGCAUGGAGAUUCGCCGUACAUGCAGAAAAAUGAAAAUGUUGGCAGGAACGUGCACUCGGAUUGCUACUCGGACUGCUUCUCAUCGUCAUCGUCGAGUGCAUUUGAUGGUGAUGGAGCUGAUAAGCAGGAAUUGUCAAAACUGUGCAUUGAUAUGCCAUGUCAACGUAAUUGUAGGUGCAACUGUAAUUUAUCAUUAUUAGAGCGCGGGGCGCCAGAAGGUCAAGAGGAUCCGGGCAAGAGUCUGAGGCCUAAGAUGGAAAUAGAAUUGGGAGAGAAUGAGGCCCAGGAAGCCUAUAUCGUCGAAAAGGCAUACGGUAACAUUGUUGAAGAUCCACCAUCUAAGCUGGAAAUGCCGCAAUCAUUGACUCCGAAGAAAUAUGCAAAUUCGAAUGAUUGGUCGGAUGCGGAUAGUGUAACAACAUCCGAGCUGGAGGAACGCAGGAGUAGUCGACACUUGGUCUCACCGUCGAAGAAGCGCAACAUGACGGCGAUACUAACGGGUGAGAGUAGCAGUAAACUCCUGGCGCCGCCUUUGCGCCAGGCACCGUCAAAGACGUCGUUACUGAGUAGAUUUCUGAAAUCGAUUACUGAGAGAAAAUUCGAAAUUAAGAAGAACAAGAAACCGCCGAAGGCGAAUACUUUAUAUAUCAAAGGAAUUAAGAUGAGCUAUGAUUCAUUCAAAGAUUUUAACGACAAUCUCGAUAAAGAGAUCCAAGAGAACGUGGCUGCCGAGAAGCAGGAAUUCAGUGGUGAGAAAGUAAGCCUAAAGUUGCGUGAACUUUUCAAGAGACAUAUCUAUCGUGACAAAACGGAGGAGCUAUAUAAAGUAUACAAAGUGCGAAGUUCAUACAUGACAAACGGCGAAAGCAAGCCGAUGAUCGCGUUAUUGACAGACAAGACGCUAUACUUAACUUGCUCGAAAAUGGACCAUUCUUACAGUAAUCAAUUCGUUAUUCCUUAUAAUGAGCUAGAUGUUAUUAUGAUCGGCCCAAAUGCACAAAGUAUUUUAAUUUCCAACGCCGAUUGCGAAAUGCAAUAUCUGUUCUCCACCGGCAGCUCGCAAACUACCUCAGAAUUAAUCAGCCACUUAGAGAUGGCCAUGAGACGAUCGCCGACGAAACCGAGGCUUCCUGCUGUUAAAGAAUUGAAUUACGAAGAUAUGCACAUUCUGAGGAAUUCAAUUCUCACUGACACAGCUGUGCAUCCAGAUGAGAAAAUAGAACAUUACAGCCUUAUUUAUAUGGAAGACGAACAUAUGUCACCGCCUAGUACACCAUGUGGGCCGAUGAAAGAAGGUGAUCUGAUGUUCCGGCCACAUACUUACCAACACUUACAUCCGAAUGCACCCACGCAUCCUUGGGAGGCCGGCUAUUUUGUACUGAAAGGUGGAGUGGUUUAUAUGUUCACGGAUUCGAAUCAGCGGCUUCCCAAACGUGCCAUACCAUUAAAGGGCGGUUUAUGCCAAGGAUGCAGGAGGAUUCCCAAUUCUCAUCGGCCGCAUACCUUUGAAAUACUGUUAAAGCCCAACAAGUCAUAUCAAUUUGCUGCUCCGGACGAAUACGUGGCUUCCGAGUGGUUACAGAGCUUCGUUCAAAGCGCAUCAGGUCUAUUCGAUAGUACGGAAAAAAGAGAGCCGUUACCUUGCAGUCUUAUCACGACCACGAAACACCUAGUGGCGAUGAAAGAGAUUCAUCCUGGUACGCAGAGAGGUCAAACGCUCUCGUGUGCUUCCAUCAAGGAUCUAGCAACGUUCAGGGUGCCGUUGCUACAGCAAUCGUGGUGUAUUCUGGAAUUCGCGUGUCGAGAGGUACAUGAAAGUAGUGGCGAUUGGGUUAUAUACUUCACAAAUUAUACUGAACUUUGUGCUUUUAAAGAAGUCUUGGAGACAUUGUGGACCGAUGCAAACUUGGGUGAGUUUCCUAUGGCAACACUUCCACCGGAGGAUAAAUUGCAGCGACGUUGCUCGGAUGCCAGCAGAGAUUUGGAACACGCCUGGCGGUACUUGCUGCCACCAGCUUUAGAAUAAAUGGAAGAUUUACCGAUGGACAAUAUAUACACCGUCAUUUGAGAAAUUAUUUUAUCAUAUUGCCAUAAAAGAGACUCGUAAAAUAGAACGUAAAGCAGAACUCUCGUAACAACGCACGCGAAUAUCCAGGUAACUAUGAAUCUCAAAAUUCAAACACUAAUAUAUCGUAUGCCAAAGAGAUAUAACUUAUCCGCUUAUACAACAUAAUACAAAUCUUUGCUUCUGGUUGCAAAAAUUAAGUGCCAUAUAUCUGUCACUUGGAACUAGAACAAUCGGUGUUAUUUUGUGGCUUAUAAGUAGAAUCGUAGAGGUCCUUAUUUGGACUAAUUUAUGGCAUAAUGUGAUAUUUCUAAUUUCAAGAUACAAAUAUAUGUGCAGUAUAUUCUCGCUAUAUUGCGGUGUUGAUGAGAGAUUGAGCAUUACCUUGCAUAUAAGUUGCCUCAAACGUAUAGAUAACUAUUUAGGGAAAUCGCAAAAUGGUGCAUUAUCUUUCUUGUAGUGUAAGCCACCAUAAUAAGCUAUUAUUAAUUUAUAAUAAUACGCAGAGAAUGUAAUAUAAUGAUAACUGUGAGACAUUAUUGAUUACUAUGAAUGUCUAUAUAUUCACAUAUAUUUGAAGAGACGAACCAGUAUGCAUUUGAAUACGCACGAUUGAUAUUAAAGUAGAUAUUUAUCUCUCGUCCGAGAUGAUUUAAAAUUCAGAAUCACUUAAAGCAGCUUUAACAAAGAAUAAUAAUACUUUAUAAAUCGCUUUUGAAAUUUAUGUAUAAUUUAACA